AUGACAUCUGCUCAACCGGGGACACCGAUCAAAGUGCAAGAAGAUGUAAACUUGUCACAAAACUAUACUCUUCCACCUAGUACUGCGGUAUCACGAUUCAUCUAUGUAUCAGAGAGUCUGUCUGGAGAACAUCGUCCUGUUUCUGGCUAUGUCUUGUGGCCUUAUUUGCCUGGUCUAGAUGCGAACGGCGGAGACCAGAUUGUCGCCUGGGCUCAUAGUACAUCAGGAACACAGUCUCGACUGCUCCAUCCAGAUUCAAAAAUCUCUGGAACUAUUCUAUUGCUCCCUACCAAUUGGUUCUUCAAGGUCAAGUCUUAG